AUCGAAAAAUGUGAGACUGAAUGCACCCAUUGCAAUGACAUCGCAGCACAGUCCUCGACUUCAUAUCCGACUCGUCUGCUCGAUGUCAGUCAACCUCCACUUCGGCUGGUCCUAACAGCAAGCCUGAAGCCGGAAGAGCGUCUCCCGUACGUCGCACUAAGCCACUGUUGGGGAGGAAACAGAUGUUUCACAACGCAACGUGGCACCAUAUUCAAGAGAUUGUGUGGUUUUGCGAUGGCGGAUCUACCAACCACUUUUCGAGAUGCUGUUUCGCUGACCCGAAGCCUGAAUAUACGAUAUCUAUGGAUCGAUUCACUGUGCAUCAUCCAAGACGAUCGACAAGACUGGAGGAUCGAGAGCUCGAGGAUGUGCGACAUGUAUUCGAAUGCAUACUUAACGAUUGCGGCAACCCUGGCUUCUGAUGACAGUCAAGGAUUCCUACGACACCGCCAAAGCAAACUUGCUUGCAUUGAUUUGAUUUAUCCGGGCCAAGAGACGAUUCGGUUCUUCCUUCAACCAGACAAAGCAAGCAAUGGCUAUUACAGUGACUCAUGCGAUGGUCCGCUUCACUCGCGAGCUUGGACUUUGCAAGAACGUUUGCUAUCCCGUUGCGUCUUAGGCUUUGCAUCGAAUCAAAUGUAUUGGGAGUGCCGUGGACAUAAACUACAGAAAGAGUCUGGUUACCGUAGCACCCCUCCAGGACACUUGAAAUUGUUGCGGCCUUUCAAAGUCGAUGAGGACCUGCUGGGGCUCUGGCAUGGGCUGGUCGAGGAGUACAGCGGGCGGAAUCUAUCGGAUCCACGGGAUAAACUGGUGGCUCUCGAGGGCCUUGUGGAGCGAUUUGCAGCAACGUCAGCUGAUACUUGCGUCGCUGGUCUUUGGAAGCGGCACCUGCUCGAUGAACUUAUGUGGAGACCUUAUCCUGGAGGCUCGUACUCUCACCCGGCAGUAUAUCGCUCACCAUCCUGGUCGUGGGCAUCUAUCGAUGGACAGGUU